GAUGCAAUUCUUGCUAGAAUGGUAGCGUUGGAAACGGAACUGUCUUCACUGCGAUCAUUGUUAACGAAGAAGACAAUCUCCUCCAACAGCAAAACGUUUCCAGAUGUACGUUUUCGGAAUGAGGAAACGCGGAAGCGAAUUUUGGUUACUGGUGGUGCAGGAUUUGUUGGGUCGCAUUUAGUGGACAAACUGAUGAUGGAUGGACAUGAGGUUAGUGGACUUUGCCGUCUUCUACUAUCUGCCAUAUUUCAUGUUAUUGCAUUGGAUAACUACUUUACGGGUCGUAAACGCAAUGUUGAGCAAUGGAUUGGUCAUCCAAACUUUGAGCUCGUCCACCACGACGUCGUCAAUCCCUAUUUCAUUGAAGGUUAG